CUGGGGCUGGCGGUGACUGCAGCGGGCUGGGCGCUGUCUGCUUCUCCCUGCGGCCCCGGGGCAUGAGCAGGACCUGUCGCCCGCGCUGAGAGCCGGCAGGUUGCGCCCGGGCGCCGUGGGCGAGAGCGGGACGGCGGGCCAGGGAGCCCCGGCCAUGAGCUGCCCGCUCCGCGCUGCCCCGGCCGCCGCGCUGGGCUUGCUGCUGCUGCUGCUCGGCCGCCUGGCGGGGAGCUCGGCCGCCGGCGGCCCCGGCUCCCGCUCGUGCCCGGCUCCGUGCCGCUGCUUCGGGGACCUACUGGACUGCAGCCGCCUGAAGCUGAGCCGGGUGCCCGAGCGGCUCCCGCAAGGGGUGGUACAGCUGGACUUAAGUCACAACAGAUUAUCUUCAAUCAAGGCCAGUUCCUUGAGUCACCUUCAUAGUCUUCGAGAAAUAAAACUGAAUAAUAAUGAAUUGGAGACCAUACCUAAUCUGGGACCAGUCUCUGCAAAUAUUACUCUUCUGUCCUUGACCAGUAACAAGAUUGGGGGCAUCUUGCCUGAACAUCUGAAACCAUUUCACUCUCUAGAGACUUUGGACCUGAGCAACAAUAAUAUUUCAGAGUUGAAAACUGCAUCAUUUCCUUCUUUGCAGCUCAAGUAUCUGUACAUUAACAGUAAUCGAAUAACCUCCAUGGAGCCAGGUGCCUUUGACAGUUUGUCUAGCACACUUCAAGUAUUGAAACUGAACAGGAACAAAAUUUCAGCCAUCCCUCAAAAGAUGUUUAAACUGUCCCAUCUGCAGCACCUGGAGCUGAAUCGCAACAAAAUAAAAAAAAUAGAUGGGCUUACUUUCCAAGGACUUACUGCUUUGAAAUCACUAAAAAUGCAACGAAAUGGAGUAAAUAGACUCAUGGAUGGAGCUUUCUGGGGACUAACCAACAUGGAAGUCUUGCAGCUGGACCAUAACAACCUAACAGAGAUUACCAAAGGCUGGCUUUAUGGCUUGCUGAUGUUGCAGCAGCUCCAUCUCAGCCAAAACGCCAUCAGCAGGAUCAGCCCCGAUGCCUGGGAAUUUUGCCAGAAACUCAGCGAGCUAGAUUUAACAUUUAAUCACUUAGCAAGAUUGGAUGAUUCAAGCUUCGUUGGUUUAAGCCUACUAGUUGGACUAUAUAUUGGGAACAACAAAGUAAACUACAUUGCUGAUUGUGCCUUCCGGGGACUUUCCAGUUUAAAGACUUUGGAUCUGAAGAACAAUGAAAUCUCAUGGACUAUUGAAGAUAUGAAUGGUGCAUUCUCUGGACUUGACAAACUUAGAAUGCUGAUACUCCAAGGAAACAGGAUUAGGUCCAUUACAAAGAAAGCAUUUUCUGGUUUGGAUGCACUUGAACACCUAGAUCUAAGUAACAAUGCAAUCAUGUCAGUGCAAGGAAAUGCAUUUUCACAAAUGAAGAAACUUGAAGAAUUGCAUUUAAAUACAUCAAGUCUUUUGUGUGACUGCCAGCUAAAAUGGCUACCACAGUGGGUAUCAGAAAACAACUUUCAGAACUUUGUGAAUGCCAGUUGUGCCCAUCCUCCGCUGCUAAAAGGCAGACGUAUCUUUGCUGUUAGCCCAGAUGAGUUUGUGUGUGAUGAUUUUCCUAAACCACAGAUCACUGUCCAGCCAGAAACCCAGUCAGCAAUCAAAGGCUCCAAUUUGAAUUUUAUAUGUUCAGCAGCCAGCAGCAGUGACUCCCCUAUGACGUUUGCAUGGAAAAAGGACAAUGAAUUACUGCAUGAUGCUGAAAUGGAGAAUUAUGCACAUCUCCGGGCACAGGGUGGUGAAGUGAUGGAAUACACUACCAUACUUCGGCUACGCAAUGUUGAAUUCAGCAAUGAAGGAAAAUACCAGUGUGUUAUUUCAAAUCACUUUGGUUCAUCCUACUCUGUCAAAGCCAAGCUUACAGUUAACAUGCUGCCUUCAUUUACAAAGAUGCCCAUGGACCUAACCAUUCGUGCUGGGGCAACGGCACGAUUAGAAUGUGCUGCAGUUGGUCAUCCAGUACCGCAGAUUGCUUGGCAGAAAGAUGGUGGCACAGACUUUCCUGCAGCACGCAAGAGACGUAUGCAUGUCAUGCCCGAGGAUGAUGUAUUCUUUAUUGUUGAUGUAAAAAUUGAGGACACUGGAGUUUAUAGCUGUACAGCUCAAAACACUGCUGGGAGCAUUUCAGCUAAUGCAACACUGACAGUACUAGAAACACCGUCAUUUUUGCGGCCCUUGCUAGACCGAACAGUAACGAAAGGUGAAACUGCAGUCUUGCAAUGCAUUGCUGGUGGUAGCCCUCCGCCUCGGUUGAACUGGACUAAAGAUGACAGCCCAUUGGUGGUAACAGAAAGGCACUUCUUCGCUGCAGGCAACCAGUUACUGAUUAUUGUGGACACAGACACUGAAGAUGCUGGGAAAUACACUUGUGAAAUGUCUAAUACGCUUGGAACAGAGAGAGGCAACAUUCGUCUAAAUGUAAUUCCCACUCCCACCUGUGAUUCGCCUCAAAACAUUGCUCCAUCAUUGGAUAAUGAUGGAUGGGCCACAGUCGGCGUAGUGAUCAUAGCAGUGGUUUGCUGUGUGGUGGGCACUUCCCUUGUGUGGGUGGUCAUCAUAUACCACACAAGGAGAAGAAAUGAAGAUUGCAGCAUCACAAAUACAGAUGAGACAAACUUGCCUGCUGACAUUCCAAGUUACCUGUCAUCCCAGGGAACAUUAGCUGAAAGGCAGGAUGGGUCAUCAGAAAAUGGAAGUCAUCAUCAGUUCAUAACUUCUUCAAUGGGAGGAUAUUUUUUACAGCAGAGAGAUAGUAAUGGCAUUUGUCAUCUAGAUAAUGGCAGUGAAACAGACCUGGAGGUUGUUACAGAUCCAUUCUUAUGCCACUAUCUGGGGACUUCAGGGACUGUAUAUUUAAAAGGGAAUGCUUAUGGCUCUGACGCUUUUGAAGCAUACCAUACAAGCUGCAGCCCUGACCAAAGAACAGUGUGCAUGGACCUAUGUGACUCUAGUUACUUAAAGAAAAAGGAAUGCUAUCCGUAUUCACUUGGAACAUUAUCACAUUCACCAGAAGAUCCCUUUGACCAGUAUGUUGGCAGCAUUGGAAUGCAGGCUACAAGUAGCAAAUUGCUUAACUCUACUUACCCGCCAAAUGAAGGAAUUGGAGUGAAAAGCUUGAGUCUAAACUCAGACAUCUUUGAUUUGAACAGAAAUCAGGAAUCAUCCUGUAUUACCACUAGUAGCACUUUCAUGGGAACAUUUGGAAAGUCUCUAUGGAGGCCUCAACUGGACUCUUUUUCGAGCUGUAGGCUGCCAGCAAGUUGUCAACCAAAAACCUUCCAUAAUAAUAAUAAUCCUCAAGCCUCAUUGGACUUUGACUCAGAGGCAGAGGAAGAUGGAAAGGACAGGACGGUUUCUCAUGAGGAAAACAGCAUUUGUACUUAUAAACAGGCCUUUGAAAACUUUAGGACUCCUACUUUCCAGUCUUAUGACCUGAACACAUAGCUGCUUUUGGAAUGACCGUUGAUUGAUGGAACCAAAGAAAUAUUUUUGACAUACUACCUCAAUGUGGAGCUUUAUUUAAAAGGGGCGGGGGGAAUCCAUGUUUUUAAUGGAGCUAUGAAAUCAGAAAGAAUGGAUACAUUUUUAUACAGAUAAAACAUAAUUGCCAAAGUGUUAUAAAAAUUUAUACAGGGAAUACAUUCCUUAGAGAAGUACUAUAUUUCUAAUUAUUUUAUAGCUUUGUUUUAUGCAAAUGGUAUCUCCUGUAAAUUAAUGAUGUAAAUAAUACUAUGUAUAUUUCCUGUCAGACUUCAUUUUAUUGAAAUGAGUACUAAAGCAUCCUAAACUUGUACCAAUAUCUGUACCUUUUUAUGAAUGGACGUUCCAUGCUGUUUGCAGGUACCAUGCAUCUUAUUUGCACAUCACUUUUAAUAAAAUAUGCUGCCUUGUGGUCUUGAGACACAGUAGAGUAUGAAGAAUGCAAGGUGGAGGUAUGUUGAUAGAAAUUGAAAAUGUAUGUUGUGAAUAUAUCUGGCCCAUAUCUCAUCAGUUUGUCUAAAAUGUAGAGCAUAUGGAUUCACCAUAUUAGAUAUCCGCUGCCCUUAGAAGUAGUUCUGGUCAUACAGCUUCCCCAAAUUGUCCCACACACACACAAGACUGGCUGUCUAGUCAGCUGUCUAGCCAUGUGAGUGUACAAAUAACUUUAAUGUACACCUCUAGUGGUGGAUAUGCAGAGUGGACACACAUACACAGCAAGCAACUUAGUAAAAAACAAAAACAAUCUGUCCUAGACGUUUACCUGGUAGUAUCAUUCUCCUCUAAAUAAAUGGUUUGAAUAUUAAAUAUUUCCCAGAUAUUCAGUGCAUGUCAGAUUCUGUGUUUUUCCCCUAUGUUUUCUCGGCUGCUCCCCCAAUCACUUCCACACCCAGUGUAAUAAGGUUAACCUUCUGCUGCUCUUGCAUUUUUUGACUGCUCUCUUCUCCAUACAGAUAAAUGUGAACUGUACUUCAUUCCUCACUCAAGUUGAGCAGUUGUUAUAAGUUUGAAUUCUUGCUAGAUUAAAUUUAAAUUGAGGAGCCCAAUAUUAUUAGCCGCUCUAAGCCAAAGAAAGACACUUACCAUGUGAUGGUAAUUAAGACUAAAUGAGAAUUCUCCCUUUUGUUUUCCUCGAUACAGAUGUCCAGUAUUUUAAAAAGCUGUGAAUCCUCUUGUCAGCAAUGUAUUAAAACAAUGUGCCUUCACAAGUUUUACUAUUACAGGACUUAGGUUUUCAAAUCUGCUCACUUUGAAGGUGCAAAUUUAUAUAGUUGUCAAACUUACUUUUAAACUAAAUUGAAAGCAGCUGUUAGACCAGCACAUCAUAGACGUUUUCAGAGGAUACGUCUAGAGCAAAAGGUUUCCCUGCCUAAAGUAGCUGAGUUCAGGGCUUUUUGUUGUUUGUAGCCAGAAACCUGGUAUGCAGGUUGCAGAGUAAUUUCCCUCCUUUAAUUUAGGCGCCAGUAUUAGAGACAGGAAGUUAAUCCAUCCUUAAUCACUGGUGGUCUGAAUGUAGAGAAUGGAUUUUGCAUGCUUUAGUUUAUCAUAUUGCCAGAUUUUCUGAAUCUGAUUGUUAAUUUGCCUUCAUUGCAGCCAGAUGUGGCGACGUGGUGACAGACAUUGGUAUGGGUAUUUGAUGAUAAUUAACUGCAUUUUUAAAUAUAUUAAUUUUUCCUGAGUUAAGCACAAAUCUCUAAGUCAAUAAUGCUUAAAAUCUUAAAAUAGAUUCACUCACUAAGUCAAUAGUUUUUUCGCUUCUCUAGUUUUUCUCCAAGUGUCAUAACUUAGAUCUCUAACCAGACAUCAUUUCCCAAAUAUCUAGAGAAAGAAAGUAAAAAACCAAACCAUUUUUAAUGCUGUUCAUUACAAAAUAAAAUGUUAUGUUUAAAAAUCCAAGUUAAAAGG